AUGGAAGUACCACCACCAUGCUCGAAAAAGAGCCUUUCUCUCUCGCUCCCCGUUCCCCGGGAGCAGGCGACCCUAAAGCCUCCGCAACAUCUUUGGAGGCAGCCACGGACCCCCAUCAAAAUCAAACACCGGGGAUACUCCGACACCGACCGCCAUCACCACCGAGGGAUAGAGCGCUCUAAUGCCAUGGACACGAGCGACAGACCGGGGCUUAGGAAGUGUCGGAUGUCCUGGCCAUCCUCGUUCCAAGGAACCACAAACCCCUCCAUCGGCAAUUGUGUUGGAAAUAGACGUUUUGACUCAGAGAAUGGUCCGUCGCCCGGCCGCAGCCCCAUGGAUUCGCAGGCGAGUCCUGUGCUGGGGCUGCACCCCUCCUUUACCACAGAGGGGUGCAGGAGUCGCGGGGAGCGCAGGGAGUCCUUCCUGUACCGAUCAGACUCUGACUAUGACAUGUCCCCCAAGACCAUGUCACGUAACUCCUCCAUCAACAGUGAGGGGCAUGCAGAAGAUCUCAUAGUCACCCCUUUUGCUCAGGUGUUGGCCAGUCUACGAACUGUAAGAAGCAACUUCACCAUCCUCGCCAAUGUCACGACACCCACUAACAAGAGGUCACCAGUGACAAGCCAACCCACUGUUCCCCAGGCAACACUCUCUGAUGAGACGUACCAGCAGAUGGCAAGGGAGACUCUGGCUGAGUUAGACUGGUGUCUGGACCAGCUGGAGACCAUCCAGACCCACCGCAGCGUCGGUGACAUGGCAUCCAACAAGUUUAAGAGGAUGUUGAACCGGGAGCUAUCUCACCUGUCAGAGAUGAGUCGUUCAGGGAACCAGGUGUCUGAAUACAUCUCCACUACCUUCCUGGAUAAGCAGAAUGAGGUAGAGAUCCCGUCUCCGACCCUGCGGGAACGGGAACGGGAGCGGGAGCGGGACAAGCCCAUGUGUCAUAUCAGUGGAGUGAAGAAGCUGACACACAGCUCCAGCCUGUCCAUCAACACCACCAUGCCACGCUUCGGAGUCAAGACGGAACAGGAGGACGCACUGGCCAGGGAGCUGGAUGACUUGAAUAAGUGGGGCCUUAAUAUCUUUCGUCUGGCUGAGUUCUCCAAUAAUAGGCCUCUCAGCUGUAUCAUGUUCGCCAUCUUCCAGGAGAGGGAUCUGUUGAAGACGUUUCGAAUCCCUGUCGACACUUUUGUGACCUAUGUUAUGACCCUGGAGGACCACUACCAUGCCAACGUGGCCUACCACAACAGCCUCCACGCCGCUGACGUCACACAGUCCACCCAUGUCCUGCUGUCCACACCGGCUCUGGACGCUGUGUUCACUGAUCUGGAGAUCCUGGCUGCGUUAUUUGCUGCUGCCAUCCAUGAUGUGGAUCAUCCUGGCGUGUCCAACCAGUUCCUCAUCAACACCAACUCGGAGCUGGCUCUGAUGUACAACGAUGAGUCAGUCCUGGAGAACCACCACCUAGCCGUGGGCUUCAAGCUGCUCCACGAGGACAACUGUGACAUCUUCCAGAACCUCAGCAAGAGGCAGAGACAGAGCCUGCGCAAGCUCGUUAUCGAUAUGGUGUUGGCGACGGAUAUGUCCAAGCACAUGAGUUUGCUGGCUGAUCUGAAGACCAUGGUGGAGACGAAGAAGGUGACCAGUUCAGGAGUGCUCCUGCUCGACCACUACACUGACCGCAUCCAGGUGCUGAGGAACAUGGUGCACUGUGCGGACCUAAGUAACCCCACCAAGCCCCUGGUCGUGUACAGAGAGUGGACUGAGCGCAUCAUGGAGGAGUUCUUUAGACAGGGGGACAAGGAGAGGGAGAGAGGCAUGGAGAUCAGCCCUAUGUGUGACAAACACACUGCUUCUGUGGAGAAGAGUCAGGUGGGCUUCAUCGACUACAUCGUGCACCCUCUGUGGGAGACGUGGGGGGACCUGGUGCACCCUGACGCCCAGGACAUCCUGGACACUCUGGAGGACAACAGGGACUGGUACCAGAGCACCAUCCCCCAGAGCCCCAUCUCCCCAGCCCCAAUCCCCCUCGGCCCAGACAAGAGGCUCAACGCCUGCAUCGACAAGUUCCAGUUCAAGCUCACCUUGGAUGACGACACGGAGGGAGGACAGGAGGAGGAAGAAGAGGAGGAGGAGGAGGAGGUGAAAACCACCCCCAAUCACAUGGUGCUGGACUGCAGUCAGGGAGAGGAGGAAGACAAGAAAGAAGAGGAGGAAGGAGAGGACGUGGUAAAGGAUGAAAGGGAAGGAGACAUCAUCGAGGAGGAAGGGGAAGUAGGGAUGGAGGAGGAGGAGAAGUGCUACCGGUGCAAGAUGGCUGUGUGCCUUUCUGGAAACACCAGCUCCUGA